CUCACCGAUUCAGUUCGGACCACUAUGGUUUGAACGGCCAGAUGUGGAUGAAUUCCAUGGAGUUUGGAGUUUGGUUACUUCACAAUUUACGCUGUGACACCGUCACACAGAUUCCAAAUGCGCUUUCUCUCCAAAAAACUGUUGCUUGCUCAAAGAAACAGAAAGUACUUCAUCAGCAUCAUCAGCUCUCAUUAUUCCACUCUCGCUUCACACACACUCAUCUCACUCUCUAACCGCAUCACCACUCUCCAUUCUCUUCUCCAAUUCCACGCCAUUGCCAUCACCACCGGCAACUCCACCAACCCCUUCAUCGCUUCCAAGCUCAUCUCUCUCUAUCACAACCCUUCUUCCUCCUCCGCCAUCUUCCUCUCCCUUCCUCCUUCCUCGGCCGACACCUUCCUCUGGAACUCCAUCAUCAAGUCUCAUUUUUCACGUGCCGAUUAUGCCCAUGCGCUUCAAUUUUACUCCCUUAUGCGGUGUUCUGAUGUUCUGCCCGAUCAUUUCACUGUCCCCAUGGUUGCUUCUUCAUAUGCCCACUUGAUGAUGGUUCAAGAUGGGACGAGCCUUCAUGGGUUGGUAUCAAAAUGUGGACUUUUUGGUUGUAAUUCAGCUGUGGGGUCUUCGUUUGUGUCCUUGUAUUCGAGGUGUGGACUAAUGAGGGAUGCAUGCUUGGUGUUUGAUGAAAUGCUUGUGAGAGAUGUUGUUGCUUGGACUGCGCUUGUGGUUGGGUUCGUGCACAAUGGGGAGAGUGAGAAGGGUUUGAGGUGUGUUCGUGAGAUGAUGCUUCAUGGGGUCGAUAGUGAGAGGCCUAACUCUAGGACAUUGGAGGGUGGGUUACUUGCCUGUGGGGAUCUUGUUGCUUUGUCUGAAGGAAGGUGUUUGCAUGGUUUUGUGGUGAAAACCGGGAUUGGAUGUGAACAAGUUGUGCAGUCAUCGCUUUUGUCUAUGUAUUGCAGGUGCGGGGUCCUGCAGGAAGCUUAUCAGUCAUUCUCUGAAGUGAUAAACAAAGAUCUGGUGUCUUGGACAUCAAUCAUUGGAGUUUAUGCAAGGUUUGGGAUGGUGAAUGAAUGUGUAAGGUUGUUUUGGAAAAUGCUAGAGAAUCAAGUAGACCCUGAUGGAAUUGUUUUAGGUUGCAUUCUUUCAGCCUUUGGUUAUUCGGUGAAUGAAUAUGAAGCGAAAGCCUUUCAUGGAUUUAUCAUACGGAGACAUUAUAUAAAUGAUGAUGUGGUUCAUAAUUCGUUGCUGUUUAUGUAUUGCAAGCUAGGGAUGUUAACUUUGGCAGAGAGGCUGUUCAACAAUUGCCAACAUAGCCUAGAGUGCUGGAAUUAUAUGGUUAAUGGCUAUGGUAGAAUCGGCAACAACACAAAGUGUGUUGAACUCUUUAGGGAGAUGCACUAUUUAGGUAUUGAUUCUGAAUUAACCAGCAUAGUUUCAGCAAUUGGUUCCUGUGCCGAAUUAGGACAAACCAAUUUAGGAAGGUCGAUUCAUUGCAAUGCUGUAAAAGGUUUUAUGGAUGCCAAUGUAUUGGUUGCUAAUUCACUCAUACAGAUGUAUGGAAAAUGUGAUAAGAUGACCUACGCUUGGAAAGUAUUUAAAAGGUUGGAUAAGGAUGUUAUCUCUUGGAACACUAUGAUAUCAGCUCAUAUUCAUGUCAAGGAUUAUAAAGAGGCUACAAAGUUAUUUAACAAGAUGAUUAACGAAGGCCAUAAGCCCAAUACAGCAACUUUUGCAAUAGUGCUUUCAGCUUGUUCUCACAUUGCAUCUCUGGAGGAAGGAGAAAGAGUUCACCGCUACAUAAACGAAAGAGGUUUCGAGCUCAAUUUACCUCUUGGCACAGCUUUGGUUGAUAUGUAUGCUAAGUGUGGGAAGCUAGAAAAAUCAAGGCAGGUAUUUGACUCAAUGAAAGAAAAGGACAUAGUUUGUUGGAAUGCGAUGAUUUCGGGCUAUGGAAUGAAUGGAUAUGCAGAAUCUGCUCUGGAUAUAUUCAAGCAUAUGGAGAAAUCAAAUGUUAAGCCAAAUGGAGUUACCUUCCUUGGUCUUCUCUCUGCAUGUGCCCAUGCCGGGCUUGUCGAAGAAGGGAAACAUUUAUUUGCUAAGAUGCCAUGUUACUCUGUGGAACCAAAUUUGAAGCACCACACUUGUAUGAUAGAUAUUUUAGGAAGGUCGGGUAAUCUGCAAGAAGCGGAAGCUCUGGUCCUGUCCAUGCCCAUUCAUCCAGAUGGGGGUGUGUGGGGAGCUUUGUUAAGUGCUUGUAAAACUUACAAUCAAGUUGAGAUGGGAAUAAGGGUUGCCAUGUAUGCUAUUGAAUCUGAACCAGAAAAUGAUGGAUAUUAUAUGAUGAUGGCCAAUAUGUAUAGCUCAAUUGGGAGGUGGGAAGAAGCAGAAAAUGUGAGAAGGACAAUGAAAGAGAGGUGUUCACUGGGAAAGAAAGCUGGUUGGAGUGUGCUGUAAGCUAAAUGGCUUGUUUUAUGUUCAAAAUUUCCUUUUAAUGGAGUCUAAUAUUUCAAAAUGUAAAAGGAACAUAAGGCGCCUUACCUACGUGUCAAUAGGUUUGUGGUUCUCAAAUUUUCACCAUAGAUAAAGUAUCAAAAUGUUUUUUCACUGGCCAUCUGUCUUACUUUGAAGUUCACAUGCUGUUUGAAUGAAAAACUGCAAAAUAGCUUUGGUGAGAAUUCAUUGUGACUGAUUAAGAUGCUUAAGUUAGAUUGAUAUUGGUGAGUUAGCAACCGGCUGACUGUUGAGUUUUGUUUGAACUUUGAACUUGUAUAAACCUGUAGAGAAGUGCAUAUAUUCUUAAUAAAGAUUCUUUUCCUGCUAGCUGGAAGCAGUAGAUUUGUGUUUA